AUGGCAGGCACCCCCACUGCGGUCAGGAUUGCCUGGGUGGAGGGAACCCGGAGUCGGGGAGGGAGAGAGGUGUGCAGGGAACUGCGGUCACGGGCCGUUGUGCUCACAGAUGCCACCUCUGCAGGCGCCACUGCAGAUGCAGGGCUGCGGGUCCCAAGUCCCACUGCUGCUGCUGCCGCCGCCCCUGUGGUCGCGCGCUGCUGCAAGCAGGAAGCUGCCGUCGCCUGCACGGCUUCCCUGUUGCCCCUGGGUUUUCUUGGACUGCACGUUGACCUGAUGUGGCAGGGAAUCCAAGGUUUCGGGCCCCACUUCUACAUUUCCCCGGGUUCUGCCUCUCCAUGUGUUCAGUCCACCCACGGCUUGAUAUACAGAUGUACGGAACUCACCGAUGUCCUGGUAUGA